AUGUCAACUACUGCCAAACAUGUCAAGUGUGUCGUAGUCGGAGACAACGGAGCGGGCAAAACCACCCUGCUAAUCCGAUACACAACUGCCAGUUUCUGUCCGCCAGAGGAAGUUCCCACUAUUUUUGACAAUUAUACUAUAAAAGUCCGAGUCCGUGACGAGUAUUACGACCUUGCACUAUGGGAUACUUACAAGCCAGAGGAACAUGACCGACUCCGGGCGCUAUCAUAUCCAGGAACAGACGUGUUAUUGGUAUGCUUCUCUGUUAUUAGUAGACACUCCUUUAACAACGUCGGGUGUUUUUGGUUAAGUGAGAUCCAGCACUUCCUUCCCAGCGUCCCAUGGCUAUUGAUUGGCACGCGGAUUGAUCAGAGAGGUCAAUAUGAUACGGUCAACAACAUUCCGUGGAACAGACCAGUGACUACCGGGGAGGCUAUUCGUAAGGCGAAGAGAUUGGGGGCAUUCAAGUAUAUUGAAUGUUCUUCACUAGAGAGAAUCAAUGUCGAUGAGGUUUUUGAGCAGGUCAGUAACCGAGGAUUUUAG